AUGCAUUUCUCUGUGAUUAUAAUUUCUUUAUUCUGUGUUAAUACUUUCGCACAGCAACGAAAUAUUGAUCAUCGCAUCAGCCGAUUGAAAGGAAAUAUUUUUCAAAACUUAACCGGUCAUCAAGAAUUUGAAAAUCACAUUGUGACGAGUCAACUGGACAACUCACCAUUAAUCAGAAUGUUUUACCGUGGUGUACGUGAGAUGUAUAGUAGAUUAUUGCCAGAAACUGGCGAACGACAUAACAAUGAGAGAUUCCAGAUAAAAGUUCCAACUUCAGUUCAAUUUCCUUGUCGUGUGAAAGGUUUUAGAAGCAAAAAAAUUCCGAAGAGUGUUCAUCAGUUGCGCCCGGGAGAUAUUGAUGUGAUAGCUGCUGUAGGUGAUUCAUUAACAUCCGCCACAGCUGCAAACUCCGUGGGUCUCUGGGAAGUUUUAGUAGAGAAUCGUGGAUUGAGUUGGUGUAUCGGUGGGCAAGGAAAUUGGCGAACUCAUCUAACGCUUCCAAACAUUCUCAAAGAAUUUAAUCCAAAACUCUUUGGAUAUUCAUUAUCGGAUGCUUACAAUGUUCAUCAGUCAGCACAAUUUAACACAGCUGAAAAUAUUGCAACGACUUCAGAUAUGCCGUAUAAUAGCAGAAAAUUAAUGGAACGCAUGAAACUUGACCCGAGAGUUGAUAUGAAACAACAUUGGAAACUUCUCACAUUUAUGAUUGGAGGAAAUGACUUUUGUAGUGACAUUUGUUAUCAGAAAAAUGCAAGUCAAUGGAUUAAUAACGUCCAAGAAAAGAGUUUAAUUCAAAGUUUGCGAUAUUUACGCGACACUUCGCCAAGGACUAUUGUUAAUUUGGUGCCAUCACCGUUGAUCUCACUGUCGUUUUCAAUGGACAAAAUCAACACACCUUGGACUUGCUACUUGUCACGUCCCGUCGAGUGUUCUUGUAUCUUUGGACAAAAGUUCUCAAGGGAUCGCGAGCUUUUCAGAACACUUGAGAGAAGAUUCGUUCAGAUUAUGGAGCGUGUAAGUUUCAUGUCAGAACUUCACACAAAUGACUUCACUGUCGUUUAUCAGCCUUUCUUCAAAGACGCGAGCGUGUUCUAUAGAAAUGAUAGAAAUCCAGAUUUAUCAAUAAUGGCAAUUGAUUGUGUUCAUUUGAGUCAGAAAGGACAUGCAGUAAGUGCUAACGGUAUCUGGAAUAACAUGAUGGAACCGGUUGGUAAGAAGAGCAUGGGAUUACCUCAUCUUUUUGAAGAAUUCAACUGCCCGACACUCCAGAAUCCGUAUAUUUACACAAAUUACAACAGUUAA